GCAAGUGCUCAAGCGUGCGACAAACUCGUUCUCGGCAACCACACCCAACCCACAAAGCACAGGACAGCACAGCAACAGCAAUGGUUAUGGCAACAAUCCACCGCGCACCAGCACUAGCACGGUCGCUCGCGACAACGUCGCGCCUCGCGGCCGCCGCAGCGCCAGCCAAGGCCGCGUACCGGGUCGCGACGCCGCGCGCGUCCGCGUCCGCGUCGGCGCCCGCCGCGUCCACCUCGACGGCGGCAGCUCCAGCCACGACCACGCGCACGACACGCGCAGCGACAUCAUCCACGGGCACGACGACGCGCACGCGCACCACGACCAAGGCUGUGCCCAAGGCCACUGUCGCCGCUGCGAAGCCCGCGGUGGCGGCCAUGCCUACGCCGAUGGACUUUGGCGACGACUUUGCGUUUGACGCCGACAUCCCAGACUACGCGCAGCUGAGCAAGCCUGCCGCUGCGGCUGCGCCUGCGGCACAGCCCCAGCCGACGCCGUCGCCACCGCUGUCGGCGCUCCCGGACGCGUCGUACGUGCCCCUCCCGAGCGCGGGGUACGUCUCUGGCGCGCUCGGCGCGGGCGGGGCGCUGGGCGGCGCGGCCAUCGCGGACGGGUACGGCGGCACGAUGCCCGGCGAAGUGAGGAUAGCGGACGACUGGACUACGAGCUUUCGCGGCCUGAGCGAGCGGCCGUUUGACAAGGACGUGGCGGACGCGCUGUUGAAGCCGCUUGACCCGGACGACGUCGAGAUCAAGCCUGACGGCCUCCUCUACCUCCCCGAGAUCAAGUACCGCCGGACGCUCAACGCCGCGUUCGGCCCCGGCGGCUGGGGCAUGGCGCCGCGCGGCGAGACGCACGUCGGGCAGCGUAUCGUGUCGCGCGAGUGGGGUCUCGUGUGCCUUGGACGCCUCGUCGCUAUCGCCCGUGGCGAGCAGGAGUACUUUGACCCCUCUGGCAUCCCGACCGCGACCGAGGCGUGCAAGAGCAACGCGCUGAUGCGAUGCUGCAAGGACCUGGGCAUUGCGUCGGAGCUGUGGGACCCCCGCUUCAUCCGCGAGUUCAAGGCAAAGUACUGCACCGACGCCAUGGUCGAGCACGUCGUCCAGAAGAAGCGGCGCAAGCUGUGGCGCAAGAAGAAUGCCAAGUUUGAGUACCCCUACAAGGAGGUGUAGAGGAGGAGAAGGGGCUGUACUACUAUGCACGACUACUCUGG